AUGAAGCCCCAGCAACAGCAGCAGCAGCAGAACUCCCACUCCCUCCUCCCCCUGCCCCUCCCCCCGCUCUUGCUCCUGGCCGUGCUCGUGGCGCUGGAGCCGCGCGAGCUGGCCGCGUGGAGCGCGAGCGUGAAGUACGCAGUGAACUGCCCCGAGCGGUGCGACCCCGCGCGCUGCGGCGCCCCGCGCUGCGCGCGCACCGUGCUGGACGACUGCGGCUGCUGCCGGGUGUGCGCCGCGCGCCGCGGAGAGCACUGCUACCGCACCGUGUCCGGAGCGCACGGGGUCAAGUGCGGCCCGGGACUCUACUGCGACUUCUACAAGGACGAGGACGAGUACGGGGACGAGUACGGAGUGUGCAGAGAUUGCACGUACGGGAUGUACGGAGUCGAGUGUCGCCAAACCUGCAACUGCAAGGGAGGAGGACUGUGUGACAGAGAGACGGGCGUCUGUCUCACCUUCAAGUUCUUUUCUAAAAUGACCAACGCGCUCAAGACACAAGAGGGUAACGAGGUGGUGUCAGGCGACGGAAGCAGCAACAGCAGCAGCAGCAACAGCAGAAGCAGCAACAACGCUGGAGACGGACGCACGGAGAGAUCGUCUACUCCGAAAUGGCUCGCCCCUCGCUGACACACUCUCGUCUCGGUCUCGGCUCGGACAGUCUGCAUGUAGCAUAAUAAAUUCAAAAUGACAAAGGGAUAUAUUUUAAUAUGUUUUUAAAAAUUAUAUUAAUAUUCCAUCAAAACGUUUUGUCGUUUCGUGAUGACAGGACUUUUACCCUCCUGUUCUGCCGCUCAGGCAAUAUUUAGCUGUGGCCCGUUUUCAGUGACGAUUGGUCGGAAGUUCUUUGGGUUCUUUUGGGUUACAGCAAGCGGUUUAUAUUAACGCGCUCCUUAUGAAUACGUGAUCAUUUCUAUACAGUAGUAUAGUAACAGCCCAUUAA